UAAAGUGAACUGUUCAUCAUAGGCCGGCUUGUACCAGUGUUCCUUCCUAUGGAGAGUACGUGUCCUAAAUAUUCUGGAUCAAUGGAGCUACUGACCAACAAGUCUAUGAUGUCCGAUAAACUUUUAAGUCUCGCCAGUCCAAAGCCAUCAGUAGCCUUGAUCUGUAGACAGGUGCGAGUCAACAUACCCUCAGUUGGCCUUAUCUGGUACAUAUCUAUAUGUUGGCUCCUUCACAUCUACUUGGAAUACAUAUGUAUCAGAGAGAUGAACAACUCCUGGAAAAUUACCUUUGUGUCAGAAAUUCAGUUGUUGUUAGCCUUCUCCCUGGUGGCAAUGCUUUUAUUCACCCUCUCUGCAGUCCUCUCAAAACCACAUACUCCAGUACCUGAGCAUAAAUAUCAGAAAAAAACAUCUUUAAAGCUUCUUAUAUCAGCUCUAAAAUGCCAGAUCUACCACCUUCAAGCACUAGCGGCCUUACUUCUGAUCAACAGCUACCUCCUGCUACAGCUCAGUGAAUGGUUAGCCAAACCUAAGAGCACAACAGAAAAUAAUGGCACUGCUGAUGUUGAGGAGUUUGGAAUGAAUACAAGUAACUCUAAAACCAGUAACUGGAUGAUGAUCCCCUCUGUAUUACCUGGAGACAGCUUCACAUACCUGCUGUACUGCAUUCCUGUUGUUGUACCUAUGAUUGUGCAUUCUGUGCAACAGUCUAACAUGGUGUGGAAAACUGAAAAGCUCUGGGGUUUCUUCUAUUCUGUCAUACUGCUGUUGAUAGGCAUCAAAUAUUUGUCUUCCUCAUUCUCCUUCUACGUUGUCAGCCUACUGGUCGCUCCCUCCCCACAAAUGCUUCUGUUAAAGGGGUUUCCAGUGUGGAUUCCAGUUGUCUACUUUACAUCAGUACUUACUCUAUUUCUGUACUCUAUUUUGCUGAAGAUCUAUGUAGAAAUUAGCUGCAAUAUCCCAUCAUCUGGUGUCCCAGCAACACAUUUGACUAUGAGGAAGAAAAUACGGUCAUAUCCUUCUCCGCUGGGAAUUAUUUUUACAACCUUACUUAUAGCGGCAUGUGAAAUCUUACCUAUGCUGGAAAUAUAUUUCCAGCUAUCCAACAAAACAGAGCACUUUAUAUGGUUUCUGUUUUCUUUCAACAUUGCCUUCUACCUGGUGUGUCUUUUUGUGUUAGUUAUGGUUACAGUGAGAAAAUACCUUAGUAAUAAUGUCAAAGCAAAGCCAAGGAAGGUGGGAAGUGGAGUUUGCCUGGCAGAUUCAUUUGUGUACCAGUGCAGUCCAAAUGUAGCCAAAGCCAAAUACUCACAUGCAAAAAGUCUAGAUAACAUUUUACAAUAGUGAAAUAAUAAAUAGUAAAGGCUACUUUCAUAUAUUUAAAUGGUGGAGACUUUAAACUGAGGAAAAUGGGUUGGUGUGAUAUCUGAAUGCAUGUGCAAGUGACAUUUAGUGACAUUUAGUAUCACUACUAGCAGGUGAUACCUUUCCAAAAGUAAGGAACAUCUCCACAUAGAUGGACUUACUGUGGAUACGAUUUAGGAAAUAAGGCAGUUAAUGGAAAGGGAGUAACUUGUUAAAUGAGAUGUGUAUAUAACAGCUACUGGUUUUAAGGUAGGGAAUUAACCUUAAGAGUUUGUUUUAUUUAAUUAUCAUGUAGACUUCAGUAAACUAUAUAAGGCGUUCUUGUCUUACAAGCUUUUUUGGUCUAAACCACAUUACACACAAAACAUUGAUGUUUAUAUACUGUACAUUGGCACUUUAGGUCUAUAAUGAAGUAACUACAAUAAGAUGAAGCAACUAUUGUGAAAGCAAAGAGAUCACUCAGGCAUUCUGAUUUACAGAUACAGGUGCAUUUCAAAUAAUCCUGCAUACAGUUAUACUGUGAUGGUAUAAUAACUUGCUGUAUGAAUUCCAAAUACAAUAAACCAACUAUGACAUUUGAUGAGAUGGUCAUAGAAUGGGCACCUUGGCAUGCCAUUGUGAGUUUGGCUAAAUCCAUGCUUGUAAAGGAGCAUGUGAAAGAAACAUUUUUGAACUAUGUCUAUUCUUCUAACUCUGUUUUUGUCAUUGUAUUAUUUAUAACUUCCAUGCUUUUUUUAAAUAAAAACCUGAAAUAAAUCAAAUUGCCCCAUUGUAUUAGUAAUUG